AUGUCGAGUUUCUUUCAAGAGUGGUCAGCUUCGUCGUUUAGUGAGAGGAAGGCAAGCAUUAUAUAUGACAAUCCACGCUGUCUCCCACACUCCUCUUCCAAGGCAUAUCGACUAGCCAUUGAUAAACCAUUAUUCCGAACAUGGCAAGAAGACUCUUCAGAGAUCAGGAAAGUCACCGGAUCGAAGAAUUUCAGAAAAUUAGUGUGGAACGACAAAUCAGUGAAGUCCAUUGAAAAGCCGAUCAAUCUAGUGCUAUAUCUUGUUGGGGAGAGUCCAGAUGUCAGCACACUCAAGCCCACCAUCGUCGUUGAAUGUCAGAACAAGAAAGCUGCCAAGAAAGCAUCAGAGAUUUUGGAGGGUAUGAAGCAGUAUGGUAUGGAACUGCUCCUUGGAAAUUUUGAUAUAUCUUAUCGAGAAGUCGACUUACGCCUAAGAAGCGAUUGGGGUUCUGCUCCGAGCACCACUCCAGAUGCGAGACAUCCAGUCAGCUCCAGUAUCUGCGGUGCGCAAGCCGUUAUUGUUUUCCGGCCUCGCGAUACAGUAGACGUCACAACCUACAAGACUUCUACGAUUGGUGGUGCAAUACUCUUGGACGGUGUCUACUAUGCAUUGACCACAGCACAUGCCUUCACCGACGAUGAGCGGUCGGCUCCAAUGGACUUUACAAUGUCCAGCGAAGAGUUAAGCUCGCUUGAGGAGGACAGUGAUCUGGAUCCUGUGUCGAGUAACUCACGUUCUGCAGGCAGUACUAUACAGGAUACCAAAAACAAGCGAAGCUUAAGUCGUCACAUACGCGAUGUCCAUGUGCAAAACGCAGAUUAUAUCGACCCCGACGAUCUGUCUGUGCCCAAUCAACCAACUACAGCAGCAACUUUACUUAACAGCGAGUCCUCAAACGUUAUCCUUAAUCAGCAGGAAGACUGGGCAUUGAUACCCAUUGAGAAUCCGGCCUUCAAGACUCCCAACCACUAUAUAGAUAGCGGUGGCCAAUCACAACUCGUUGAGAGUAUUGCGCAAGACUUAUAUACUGGGCAGGUAACAGCAGUCACAGGUGUUUCUCCGCGUGCAAAGACCAAAUUCAGCAUGCAAUCAUUGAUGUUACUUCCGGGUUCUGACAACUUGAGCAUUGUUUGGAGUGCAAGUUUACGUAGUGCACCUGGCGAUUGCGGCUCAUGGGUUGUUGAUGAGCAGGGCAGAGCCUGCGCUAUGAUCGUGGCCGCAUCUGACGAAGACCAAGAAGUAUUCUGUCUGCCGCUUGCGCCAAUAUUCUCGAGCAUACAGCGUCGAAUGAAGACGAUGCAGACGCCGUCCAUGCCUGCUCAAAACAAUCAAGACGGCCACACCAGCAAUUUGAUAUCCUCUCACAACGACGGACGUGCCAAUAUGGAACAUGAGGAAGUGUCUGUUCAGAGCGAGGAUGGUCGUGCUGACGAGCCUGAGCGAUCACCGGGUCAGUCAUCGAAUGCUGCUGCUGAGAGCAUGGCCAUUGAUAAUGCUCGGAAGCCCUACAUGGAAGAUGAUGUUUCAGAUGAUGGUAGACCGUCGACAAAUAUACCAGACGACAUCGUGGAGCUUGACAUCGUGCCAGAAUCUGCAUCGCAUAGGCCGACGCCGUCAAUACCUGCCAUGGAAGGAAAUCGUCGUACUGCUGCUACAACAGAUCAGUCAAGACGACAAAGAUUGAGACAACAUGAGGACGAGAAUCAUGAAGAUCAAACGGACUUCGUGCAGCGUAAAGCGCACCAGAGGGCGGCACGCACAGCGACUGUUCUUGCACGAACUGCACCUCCACGGCAAGAAUUGCUGAACAAUCACGAAGACACCAGACCUGCGGUGGUGCCUUCGAAAUCAUCGGAGAAAGAAGACCUCAAUCGCCUAGACUUUGAAGAGCAUAGGAAUAGGCAAAUUGAGUUAUUACAACGUGAGAGAGAUCUGGCAAGACACGAAAGAGAUUUGGCAAAAAACGAGCGAGAUUUGGAAAGACGGGAGAGAGAUCUGACAAGACGAGAGAUGGACAUCGAUAGCCAGGCGUCGAGUAAAAAGAUUGUCGAUGCUCGUAGCAGUGCAAUACAUGACCCACAUCGUAAGACUCAUACCACCACCCAAGCAUGCGUUAAGACUGACCGAUAUACAGACACUCAAGAUGAUCAACACCAAGUUGCUGACAGGAAUGAACCUCAUAGGUCCGAGAGCGUGGCAGUCGUGAAGGCUGCCAACCUGAACCGUCCACCAAGUGGUGACCCUUCACAUCCUUCGAUUUACCACCAGCGACAUAUGAUCACCAAUUUUGCUGAACCUGAUCCUGAUCGUGUUGAUAUUCCUGAGCUACGACAGACAUGGAGAAAAUCAAGACCAUCGGAUACUACUCAGAACUUGAGCAUGCGAAUCAGCCGCAACGAUAUCCACCCGAGUGUACUGGACAGAUUCGAGAUAACAUGGACAACAGACCCUCUGGACUACGAAUACAUUCUGAUUCCGAAAUCCUUGACAGCAUUAGAGUUGAGAAUGUUGAGGCAAGAAUCCACUGUAAGAGGGAAUGAUUUCUCGAGACGGACAGUCGAGACUAUCGCCAGUCACGUCGAUCCUGCAGAGACAUUCGAUCGGCCUUCCUAUCGCGAUUACACAUCACCUUAUCCACCGCCACCACCACCGCGAUCGCGUAUAGUACCGGUCAUAAACUAUGAUAAUAGACGAAGAGGAGCAGUGCGAUACACAGGGAGAAGACGCACAGAUCUGAUUAGUGAGUCUGACGUUGAUGAUGAUAUACGGAGUACAUCUAGACAGCGACGAAAAGCACAAAAACGAGUAAGGACGUCAGAUGAUAGCUCAUAUCCUAAGAAGGGAAAGACGCGGUUUCCCAAGAGACUUGUAGAUACGAAGGUCCUCUUUGAUCUCGGAUAUAAAUUCUUUGAUGAGGACGAAAACUUUAUCGUUGUCACAAAAGCUCUGAAUGCCACACUGAUCGACGAGAUCAUAACAAAGACUCAGAAACGGCGUGAAAGCCAUCCAAAAAAGGACGUGUCGCCUGCUGUCGUCGAAACUCCUCACGUCAAUGAGAAGUCAGCAACUGCUCUGCCCAAGCAGAAUCCAAGUUCCAAGGCUCAGCAGCGUGAAAAGCAGAGCAGUACAUCACAGAGGACCGCAAAAGACCAAGCUCUUAGCGAGGAACUAGAGAGGAAGGCGAAAGAGGAACGGAUUUUGAAGGCACAACUCGACGUAGAGGGUCAACGGAAGGAACGCGAGAGCAAAAUCCAGACAGCAUGUCUUACGAAAGACCGCGAGUUCGAAGCGCAAGUGCAAACAUUGUUCUGGGAUCAAGGCCUUCCUCUAGAAGUGUGUGACAAACUGCUUCAGAUGCACCAAGACAAGGAAGAAGAAAUUAAAGCUUUUCGCGAGAGAAAACGGGUUGAGCUCGAUGAGCACACAACUGCCCAGAACGCGGAUAGAUAUGGUGUGAAAACCUCAACGGUCCCCGUUGGCUCUGACCCUCCCGCAGUCGAGCAAGCAUCUUCACAACGUGCAACAUCUAACCUGGCAGCCGACCACACUGACUCGACUGAAAAUGGUACAAGCCCAGAACAGCCACGCAGCAGUCUCGCGAGUAACGAAUCAAAAGAUUCGACGGAACCAGAGGACGGCGUGGUGAGAGAUGAGGUUAUAGUCGAGGAGGAAGGUGUCGUGCGUUUCGAUGAAGAGACCCGAUCGAGCCAUGAUUCGAGUUCCAAAGCCCAUCGGCGCGCGUCCAAGCGUCGAGCACGACCCUCCUACAAGGGAAAUGAAAGUGACGAUUCUUAUUAUGAAGAUCUGCCAUACCAAACGCAAGCACUGUUACCCGGCGGAUUUGACGCUGCACGACCAACCUAUAUCAAGGUACAAACCCGCUACCUAUCGCCAGCAACUCUGGACGAGUAUCGAUUACCAUGGGUGUACGACGAUACAGAUGACCGGUAUCUCAUUAUCAAGAAAUACAUCGACCACGAACUACAGGAUGAACUAUUCGAGCACACCAGAAAACUGCGUGCGAACAAGGACGUGCCAGGUGAUGGAGCUGAAGUGAGUCGCCAGCCCCGUGUACCUCCACCGCGCAAGGACUCGAUUUCGCGGGAUGAGAUAAUUAUUAGGAGGAAGGAGGAUAGCGUGCCUGAACGGGACAGGCCCCAGGAGAGAGAAGAGCUUGUGAUUAUGAACAGAUUGUGA